AUGACAGUGAUAACAGUGGAGCUGAGUGUUUCUGGUGAAGUCAAAAGAAGAGAGAAGGGAGUCCUGAGACAGUUGGUGGUCCGGCGCUGGCGUGUUGGCUCUAUCCUCUCCUCCGUCAUCUCCUCUCUGAUCUCAUCCUCCACCCUCUCAUCUCUGAUUGGAUUCAGCUCUGGACUGCUGUUCUCGCUCCUGUUUGGCUCCAUGCUGCUUUUCCUCCAAAAGAUCCCCGUGUGGACCUGUGCUUACAUGAUGGCAGUUGUGACCGGAGUCUCCUGCUUUGGCAUGGGACUCUCACAAACCAUUAGAGCUGAUGCUGCUGUGAUGGUGCCCUCACUCUGCUCAGGCCAUGGCAGGAAGCUGAUCUAUUUCUUUCUGGUUUCAGUCGUAGUCUCUGGUCCCAUCACGAACUCGCUGCACAACACUGAACUGGUCGGAUCAAGCCUCCUUUGCUCCGCUGAACUUACAGCCAAUCAGACACAAGAGCUACUCCGAAAGGCCGCCUCUCCUCUCUCCGCCAUGUUGGAUAAUUUGCGAGAGAUCAGCAACAAUGCUUACAGAACUGCAGGUCGAAUACAAAACCUGAUCAAUGCCCUGACUGAUAACGUGCGCCAUAUUGCCUGGACCCUUAGAAAUCGGCUGCACUUUCUUGUUGACAUUGGAGACAUCUGCAAUGAGGAGAUGGGCGCCCCCUACAAGAAGUGCCGGCAGCUCUUUGAGAAAGCAACGCUAGACUGCAAGGAGCUCCUCGGAGAUUUUGACUUUCUUUGUGAGGUUGUAGAUGGCUUUUUACCCCUGUGCAAAUUGGCAAAAGCAGGAGAGCUGUUCUGUGUCAUCCCAUCGUACGUGGCGGAGCAGCUGAAGAGCCGUCUAGCAGCUCCGGUGGUGUCGGCAUUGGAAAAGCUGAAGCAGGAGUUUGAUUUUGACCUGGAUGCUUCUGUGACCUUUGAUGUGGAAGUGAACAGCAGCCAAUCUCUUGAAGAAGUGACGCAGCAGAUCCUGGAGGAAGUAUCUUCAAAGUUUCACCUUUUUGAGAUGUUCAAUCAACCUCUGAAGUACAUUACAGUGCUAUUUUUGCUGUGGACAUACUACAAAGCGGCUCGCUACAGGCGCAAGUACCUUCGUAAUCUGGAUUUCGACAACAUCUACAUAAACAACGCUUUCAAAGAACUGGACCAUCGUGUGACAUCAGGGGGUGGGACUUCAGUACUCCCUAUCACGGCAUGGGAAUCUCGGGUUUAUAUCAGUCCAUUUUCCUUUCAACUUUCAAAUCAGGAGAAGUGUACCAUCCUCAAAGCCUUGUCUUCCUGGUUGAGAAAUGUGCUGAUUGCUGGGAUCUGUGUGGCCCUGGACUUCCUGAUAUUCUGGAUCCUUGAACAAGUUCAGCACCAGGCCUCAUCAGACAUCAUAGCGCGGCCUCCAGUGCAGAUCCAGGUCACAGUGAAUGGAACUGGUUUUGCAGCAGACAUAUACAGAGACCUAGUCCACUCUUUUCAGAUCCUCCAGACCCACAAUCUGACAGUCUUCAGUCGAGCGUGUGUGGUCCAGCCCCGACAACCGGACGUCAGCACCAAUGUCACUAUUGGAUUCCUUUUGGGUUUGGCCUUCCUGCUUGCAGUUUGUCAGGGCUUCAUCCAAAGAACAAGAAGAGUCAUCUGCUCCUGGUUCCAUCCCCAACAAGAGAAGAAGCGACUUUUGCAUUUCCGGAGCAGAAUUAUAGAUCAGCGACGAUGGGAGAAAAAUGCUCUACGGUCUUUAUUCUUAAGGGCACUUCCUAUUCAAGACAUUGGACGGAUUCAGUCUCGUCUGAGCAGAUUUCCAGGAGUCUCAAGACUUUUGAAAGCGCUGGGUUGGGCGAAAACAAGGUGCAUGUCGUGUGAAGAAAGUUUCAACACGGAGGCUGUUGUGAAGUGUGAGACUUGUAGUGCUGUGUAUUGUGGUGGAUGCUUGCUUAACCGGACAAAGAUAUGUUUGGGCUGUGGGGAACCUCUUACCUCUCAAGAUGACGAUGCCGGUGAUGUGAGCGACCUAGGAUCCAGCAGUGAAGAUGAGUCUGAACAGGGUCUGGGCCAGAUGAUUCUACUCCAGGAGUUUGAGGUCGAGAUAGAACAGAACCAGGAAAUAGGAAACGAGGCAAACACAAAACAGGAGAAAGAGGAGGCGAAGAAGGAGGAGCUAAAGAAGACCAAGGAGGAGGAACAAGAAGAACUAUUUGAAGACGCCUUGGACGAAGACUGGUUGGACCUACUAUAA